AAGAAAUUAGAAGUCUACCUUCGAUUUUUUUUUUGUCAUUUUGUAGAUUUAUUCCCGGUAACGGGAUACAGCAAUGAAUGAAUGAAUGACUGAAAUAUUACAUCAUCGGUAUAGCAAACAAGGUGAAUUAACUUGCCUAUGUGUGUAAUAUUUGUAAGCUCGUUGCAGGACCAAGGGUUGUGAUUAAAAUCAAAAUAUACUUGUCGAAUGAAACAGCUGGAUCUACUCACGAGCAUCCAUCACCGAGUAUUUUGGGUACUCAAGUAUGAUUUCAAGAGAGACAUCUUAAUUUUAAAUAAAAUUUAUUCCUGUACUACCAGAUCUGGUUCUAGAUUUAGGAUUUCAAAGGGUGUUCAGUUGUACUGUGACCUUGAGAUCUAUGACCCCCCUCAGAGCUGUUUUCGCCACUAUAUGAUGAAAGGUUGCAUCCCUCUGCUCCAGCAAGAGUAUCGUCCAAAGCAUUUUCUGUGUUGGCUAACAAUGGCCUGCCAUUGCUUGUGAUGGAAUGACAAGGCACACACCAGAUGAUCUGGAAUAACAUCCUCCUUCCCACAGAACCUGCACUCGGCAGUUUCUCCUAGCCCCAUUAUCAUUAUAUGUGCUUCCUAAGUCGACAAUGGUUUGUAAGGAAUCAAAUAAGGAAGUGAAGCAUAUUCUUGAUGAGAUCCAGAAACUUCUUAGAUUUCAAAGUGUUAAAGUUCCCAACUUUUGUAGUGUUACAUUCAGGAAGAACUCUCUUCAGCUUUUUUUCUUCUCCUGAAACUCCUUCUUGUAGGUACAUUUCCUAUACACAGAAGGGUUCUGGUUGAAAAAUAUCAAUAAAACCAUUUGGAUGAGAAAACUGAACUGUGAAAAGUAUCUAUCCGAAUUUUCCAUGAUAUCCCCCAUAGAAGUUUCUGAAAUUGUCAAAAUUCCAUAUCCGGAUAAUGUCUGGUAUUUAUUUCGGCACAAAGUUCCAUCUCUUCCAGAGGUAAAUGGCCCUACUCAAAUCAUCAAGUGAUUAUACAGAUGCGACCUCCAUCUUGGCAUUCUGCCCAGGGGAUAAUUCCUACAUGUUCACCCAAGAUACACCAUCAUCGGAAUAUUGGAUACCAUCAUCGAAAAUACCAGCUGGAGCAUCGCUUUCCAAGCAAAUGUCUACAGACAUUGUGGAGAUUUUUGGUAGCUCCAUCGCUUGCGAUUGCUUACUGCGUAUUUACAGAUUCUGGUUGCCAAAUACUCAAUCACACAUAUCACACUACAUUUUCGCCUUGAAAGUUGACCAGGAGCAUAAGAAACGUUCCAAGCAAACAUCGGGAAAGUUUCGGGGAAAACUAAAUUGGAUACUGGAUCACGAUUUAUUUCGAAUUUUCUCGAUGAACAAUAUGCGAAGUCCAGAAUUGUUCGAGAUGAUCAUGAGUUGGAAGAACAAAACAAUGUUCACAAUUCCCGAAGUCUUCAGAAGUGAUGCUAUACAAAAUAGCAGCAAUUUCAUGGAGAUGACCGAGACAGUUAUCAUAAACAAUGCUAGUAAUAGCGGGGAGAAUUUAGUUUUAGCCACCCCCUUCACCAAGCAAGUGCAGACUAGCUUGUACAGGGAAUUCCUCCUGCUGUGUUUCCCGUCUUUUUUCCUGGGCUUACAGAGCUUCUGCAAAUUUUUCUCUAAUCUAGGAUGGACACGUGGUGAUCAGUUGGACCUUUUCAGAGCAGCAGAUGUUCAAGGCAGGUAUGGCCUAUCAUUUAGAGAAUUUCUUUACAUUGCCGCAGCAGUUGAGCCUUGUAUAGAGGGUCCAUCUGGAGUGGCUGGGGAGAUGAGGACUAAAUUCUUAUUCAGGUUUUACGACAAAGAUAACGACAGUUUGUUGAAGCAAGAGGAACUGAAGCAAAUUUUCCUAGCAACCAGAAAGUUGAUGAAGCAACCGAUUGAACAAUCGGCCCUACAGAAAGACUUCUCGGAUUGUUACAGGUCACUGCAACUUCCUGAGUCCACCCCAUUGUCGCUACAGGUGUUUUUGAGGGCGGUCCAAGAUGGAAAAAUCAAAAAUAUGUCUGUUAUUUUUCGAUCUCCCAUCGGUGUUAUUCCUUAUCUUAAGGAGGCCAAUGACAGGGAAGCUAGACAAAUGCAGACAGAUAUGAGAAAAGCCAGAGUCAAAACAUCAAUGAGUCCUCCUACCCCUGAAGCCUUUGGUAAAGGUGGCACUGCAAGGCUAGGAGGAGGGACUAUUAGAUACGAACUAGGAGCUCACUCAGUAAAGAUUUACACUGCAGGAACAAUGAAUAUCGAUAAACUGGGAUCGCUUGACGCUGUAACGCCCUCUAGCAUCGACAGACCUGUCUUGGACGACGCCAAAAGGAAGGUAUCCAUCGAUCAGUUCAACCAAGAAUCGAUUACUAAUGAGCUGAUCAAAUCGCUGAGGUACAUGAAUUUGUUGAACAAGCAGAACAAGGCUCAGAAGAAAGGUGUGCAGUUCACUUGGGGUAACAUAGACAGCGGAUUGUUCGCGAAAAGAUUGAUAACAGUCAGUAAGCUCACUACCGAGAUCCUGAAGAACGAGCCGAGAUUGCUGCAAGUGUCAUCACCAGUGUAUGUCUUAGGCGAUCUUCAUGGUAACUUCAAUGAUCUUCUUCACUUUGAGAGCAUCUUGUGGCACGUGGGACCGGUUCUUUGUCCUAGUAAUCUACUGUUUUUGGGAGACUAUGUUGACCGUGGUUCAUCUAGUAUAGAAGUCAUAUCCUAUUUGUUCAGUUAUAAAGUACAGAACCCUAAUAAGAUCAAACUGGUAAGAGGAAAUCACGAGAUAAGGGAGGUGCAGAAGAUGUUUACUUUCUACACUGAAUGUCAAAACAAAUUUGGAGAGAGGCUAGGUGCCGAGGUUUGGAGUGCGGUAAACUCGACUUUUGAUUUUCUUCCAGUGGCAGCCAUCAUCGAUAAUUCGAUAUUCUGUUGUCAUGGCGGCAUACCACCUCCUUGGUUAUGCCCUGUGGUGUCCUGCAUCAAUGAAAUACCAAUGCCGUUGAACCAGCCCGAUGAACAGAGUGCCCUGGCUUGGGAGAUAAUGUGGAACGACCCAAUUAGAUCUAAAGUAGUCAGUGAUGCUAUGGAGUUGGAGUUAUCAGCUAAUGAGGGAUUUGCUGUGAAUAAGAGGAGAGGCACAGCUCACAUGUUCAGUGCGGAAGCUUUGGAGAAGUUUCUUAGAGCUAACGGAUUCACUCAUCUCAUUCGAGCACAUGAAGUAUCGCCAUCAGGAUUCAGUGUUUUACAGAAAGGCAGGCUCUUGACAGUAUUCUCAUCUUCAAAAUACUGUGGUGGCACGAACGAUGCAGCAUGUAUCAUGGUUGAUCAAGGUAGACUUCGUAUAAUGAGAAUUGAAUCUGAGUGAGAAUUGAAACUGAGU